AACUAAGAAGCUUAUUGACAUUUUUACACUGACCUCUAGAAAUUUGACAUAUUCACAAAUGAAACAAUUGGACAAUGUGGACCUGGAACAAGUGGGAAUGAUGAGAGUGAUGGAGGGUCUAAGUCAUGUCAGAUAUUUUAUAACUGGAUGUUUCUGUUUAUGGUAGAUCUCCACUGAAACACAUGGGCAUGUGGGAUUUGGCUGCUCUGUGUUCAGAGGCAGCGCAGCAGGACAUCCGCAAAAAGACGACCCAAAUUUAUCUGGAGGAUGACAGCAUCGAUGCAGACCUUCUCAACUCAAUAGCCGUCACCAUGGAUGACUUCAAGUGGGCUCUAAGUCAGAGUAACCCAUCUGCUCUGAGGGAGACGAUGGUGGAGGUUCUACAGGUAAACAUUAGGACAUUGGAGGACUCAAUGAGGUGAAGCGAGAUUUAAAGGAGCUUGUCCAGGUAAAACCACAAACAUACACACACAAAUACAAACAGGUAUGAAAUGGCCAUUCACUCUCUCUCUAACUCACUUUGUCUCUCUCUCUGUUAAGUAUCCCGUGGA